UCAAAGAUUGUGAAGCAUCUGAGAUUUCACCCUACUUGAAGUCUAAGAAGUUACUCUGCCAUUGUUUCAGAUUGGCAUACCGGAGACUCUUGGAUCAGAGGCAGAGGACUUUAUUACAACACAGCAGACAGUACGAGCUUCAUAUUUGCUUUGGUUCAUCUUGUUCUCAAGUCCCAGGAGGGACCCAGGAGUCCUAAAGCAGAACAAAAACAGAAACAUGGCUCACCAUAUUACAUUUCUUUGGAUAAUUUUGGUCCUGCUCCUUCAGAAUUCUGUAUUAGCUGAAGAUGGGGAAAUAAGAUCAAGUUGUCGUACUGCUCCGACAGAUUUAGUUUUCAUCUUGGACGGCUCUUACAGUGUUGGCCCAGAAAACUUUGAAAUAGUGAAAAAGUGGCUUGUCAAUAUCACAAAGAACUUUGACAUAGGACCGAAGUUUAUUCAGGUUGGAGUGGUCCAGUACAGUGACUAUCCUGUCCUGGAGAUUCCCCUGGGGAGCCACAAAUCGGGAGAGAACUUGAUGGUGGCCAUGGAGUCAAUACAUUACUUGGGAGGGAACACACGGACUGGAAAGGCCAUCCAGUUUGCCCUUGAUUACCUUUUCGCCAAGUCCUCACGAUUUCUGACUAAGAUAGCAGUGGUCCUUACGGAUGGUAAAUCCCAAGAUGAAGUCAAGGAUGCUGCCGAAGCAGCGAGAGACAGUGGGAUAACGUUAUUUGCCAUUGGUGUCGGGUCAGAAACAGAAGAGGCAGAACUUAGAGCUAUUGCCAACAAACCUUCAUCUACCUAUGUGUUUUAUGUGGAAGACUAUAUUGCAAUAUCCAAAAUAAGGGAGGUGAUGAAGCAGAAACUUUGUGAAGAAUCUGUCUGUCCAACAAGAAUUCCAGUGGCAGCACGUGAUGAGAAGGGGUUUGAUAUUCUUUUAGGCUUGGGUAUAAAGAAAAAGGCUAAGAAGAGAAUUCAGCUUUCACCAACAAAGAUUAAAGGAUAUGAAAUAACAUCCAAAGUUGAUUUAUCAGAAUUCACAAGCAAUGUUUUCCCAGAAGGUCUUCCUCCAUCAUACGUAUUUGUCUCCACUCAGAGAUUUAAGGUCAAGAAAAUAUGGGAUUUGUGGAGAAUUUUAACCAUUGAUGGAAGGCCACAAAUAGCAGUUACCUUAAAUGGAGUGGAUAAAACAUUAUUAUUUACAACAACCAGCAACAUUAAUGGCUCACAAGUGGUCACCUUUGCUGACCCUCGAGUUAAGACAUUAUUUGAUGAAGGCUGGCAUCAAAUUCGUCUCUUAGUAACAGAACAAGAUGUAACUCUGUUUAUUGAUGAUCAACAAAUUGAAAUCAAGCCGUUACAUCCAGUGUUAGGGAUCUUCAUCAGUGGGCAAACCCAAAUUGGAAAAUACUCUGGGAAAGAAGAAACUGUUCAGUUUGAUGUCCAAAAGCUACGAAUCUACUGUGACCCAGAGCAGAACAAUCGGGAGACAGCGUGUGAAAUUCCUGGAUUUGUGAGGCCCAAAGGUGACCCCGGACAGCCUGGGAAUCCUGGCUACCGUGGACAGCCUGGUCAAGAUGGUAAGCCUGGAUAUCAGGGAAUAGCAGGAUCACCAGGUGUUCCAGGAUCCCCGGGAAUACAAGGAGCACAAGGACUGCCAGGUUACAAAGGAGAACCUGGGAGAGAUGGAGAAAAGGGUGACCGUGGACUUCCUGGUUUUCCUGGGCUUCAUGGAAUACCAGGAUCAAAGGGUGAAAUGGGUCCCAAAGGAGAUAAAGGAUCACCUGGAUUUUAUGGCAAAAAGGGCGCAAAAGGUGAAAAGGGGAAUGCUGGUUUUCCUGGCCUUCCUGGACGUGCUGGAGAACCAGGAAGACAUGGAAAGGAUGGAUUAAUGGGUAGCCCUGGUUACAAGGGAGAAGCAGGACCUCCAGGUGCUCCGGGGCAGGAUGGAUCUCGAGGAGAACCUGGAAUCCCAGGAUUUCCUGGAAACCAAGGAUUAAUGGGACAAAAAGGAGACAUUGGGCCUCCAGGACCGCUAGGGAAGAAAGGCGCUCCGGGAAUACCUGGAAAUAAAGGUGAACCUGGACUUCAAGGGCUACCUGGGGCUUCUGGGCUCAAGGGAGAACCAGGAGUGGUGGGUCCCCCAGGAGAACCAGGAUACCUGGGUUUACCUGGAAUUCAAGGGAAAAAGGGGGACAAAGGAAAUCAAGGUGAAAGGGGCAUUCAGGGUCAAAAGGGAGAAAGUGGAAGACCAGGGAUUCCAGGAUCACAGGCGCAAGGCGGAUCCUGUAGCUGCGCUGACCCUGCUGGAAGGGGGAUGAAGCUUGAGGUGACGCCUCCAAGAGUGGAGUUUCUGGGUCCCUCACCUGGAGGGAUGGGAGAGGCCCUGGCGGGUGGGAAGGCGCGUCUUAGAGGAAAGGUGAGGGCUGCGUGUUGGGAACUUGAGAGCCUAGAAGCCGAGCUGCAGAGCAGGCGUCGCUGA